AUGGCUAUGAAAAGUUGGUUAGAGCGAAAUAAAGAAAGCAGAAGAAUGACAGCCAAACACCGAUAUGGAAAAUCUAUCAACGCGUUCACAAACAACAAGCACGAGCAGCUUAACCAGAAGCAGGAUGAACCUCAAGCCAAAGGAAAUACAUCAGCAACGGUAAUUAUAGUUGGUGAUUCUAUAAUAAAGCAUCUUAAUAAACGACGGUUGCAACGAUCAAUUACCAAGACACAUAAGAUCAGAACAGGAACAUACAGCGGUGCAAACAGUAGCGAUGAAACACCAUAUAAAAUCGUGAAUGUUAGGGUUUGUAAUCGAAGUGAGAAUAUAUACAUUUUAAGACCUAAGCAGGAACGACUGCGAAAAAUGCAGCACAAGGUCCUCUGGUAGGAAUUGAACCUACGGCCCUGCGAUUCCGGUGCAGCGCUCUAACCAACUGAGCUAUAGAGGCCAGUUGUUGAGCUGUAAAUGUAAGUUCAUGUAUAUAUAGGUAAUCGGGUGUGCGGGUUGUUAUUACAUGAACUUACGGUUACAGCUCAACAACUGGCCUCUAUAGCUCAGUUGGUUAGAGCGCUGCACCGGAAUCGCAGGGCCGUAAGUUCAAUUCCUACCAGAGGACCUUGUGCUGCAUUUUUCGCAGUCGUUCCUGCUUAGGUCUUAAAAUGUAUAUAUUCUCACUUCGAUUACCAACCCUAACAUUCUAAUAUUAAUUCCACCAUGUGAAGUGCAAGAAUCCAUCAUAUAAAAUCGUGCCUGGAAUGGCAACCAGACAAAAUAAUCCUUCAUGUUGGAACCAACGACAUUGGUAAUAAAGAAGCCACUGAAAUUGCAGAAGGAAUCGCUGAAAUCGGACAACUAAUUAAACAGGUGAGUAGCAAAACUGAAAUUGCUAUUUCACAGAUUGUUAAUAGAACAGACAAGACAGGAAUAACUAAGAAAAUUAAUGAGGUAAAUGAAAACCUAGCACAUUAUUGUAAAUGGAAUAAAUGGGGCUUAAUUAGACAUGAUAACGCCACAUUCAAACAUUUAAACUCUUAUGGAUUACAUCUUAAUAGGUCUGGGCUGCAGUGCUUGCGAAAAUAUUACUUUGUUUUUAAACAGCACUCCUAAUUGAGAAACAAAGACGGUCAAGAAACCCAGAUAAGAAAUUCAAACGACGAAUAAUGACAAAUAUACCGACGCUAACAAAGAUAGUUUUCGAACAAAUCCGCAUGCUCCUAAAAUAAAUCGUAAAACAAAAUACAUACGCGGUUUUAAAAUUGCUCAUUUAAACAUUAGAAGUUUAAUUAAACAUAUUGUUCAAUUCAGAUACUUUCGUAACGAAAAACAAUUCGACAUAAUGUGUCUUAUUAAACGAAACAAUUAAUGAUCAUGAAGUUAAUAUUGAAGGCUAUGACAUUGUGAGAAAAGAUAGAAAUCGUAAUGGUGGUGGGGUAGCUAUUUAUGUUCGAAGUACAAUCAAUUACAUAAUAAGUGCUGAGUUUGAGACAGCUUUAUGGUCAAUGUGGGAACAGGGAUAAUAUUAUAAAUGUCGAAUUUAUUAAAGGUGACCCCCCUUUGCUAAUUUAAAUUUUAAGUUCGAUGUGCGCAAGUAAAAAUGUCCACCUUGUCCUUGAGAUGGAAAUACAUUAUGAUAAUAAUGAGGUCACGUUGUUAUUAGUUAAAGCAACGUGUUCUCUCAUUAGAAAUUCAAAUUUGUUUUGCCAAUAAUGUAUUAAUAAAUAUGCACUUACAAAACUCUUUUCAUCGUCAUUGGAAUCUUUGUUUGCUGAAAUCGUCAAAAUCUGUGCUGGAGCAAACAUAGAAAUGAACAGAUAUAAAAGUCAAAUGACUGAUGUAAAAACUAAAUUGUCUAUUUCUAAAAUAGCAAAGAAUUGAUAAGGAUUCUUAUAUGAUGGAAAAUAAUUCAUCGGGGUUCUUACCGGAUAUUGUACAUAUCAUCUUCGUUGAAGUCAUCUUUGAUUUUCCACGAGGAAGAGCAAGGUUGGCAGGGUCAUUCAGGUAAGAUGAGGGAUAUUUGAUAGGUUCAGGGAUAUCAACGACAUAGCACUUCGGCGUAAUUAUCGGCUUGAACUCAGAUUCGAACUCGAACUCAUAAAUUCCCUGGCCCCUAUUCAAAAAUAUGAAUCUGAACUCAAUUCGAUCCGCCAAUAUUGAUUUCCGACGCAUAUGACGGGAAGUUUAAAUAUUAAAGAAUCCCGCGAGUAUUUGCAGUAGAAAUACGAAUAUACCACCAAAAAAUUCUGCGUGAUCGAUACUAUAUAUUCCGAAAUAUUCGUAUAAUUUUACUGUUUCUCGCUCAAUUUCUUACCUUGAAAUGAUCAAUGCUGUGAAAUUUAUGCAAAUCACACAUUACCAAUUUUGCUGUUGCAUUUUGAAUGUUCCGCCUGAUUCAAAUGCUUGUAUCUUUGCUUCUUUUCAACGUAUAAUAAACCUUGCAUUCUAUAGCUCGGAGCAGUCUCGGAAAAUUGCGAAAUAAUCUAUGCCUAUUAUGGCGAUUCUCGUGCUCAGAAAGUGUUCGGCCAACUUCGGACGCCAAAUUCUUGGUAAAACAUUACAGUUUCCUGGUAAAAGACUGCAGAAAUCACUUCCGGAGUGUUUUUUACCCUAGAUGCGGAUUUUGAUUGGCUUAGGCUGAAAAACAAACCUUUUAGAGCAAUUUUCCUGAUUAUCGCGCACGAGCGUUGUAAUGUAUUGUGUUGUAAUUGUAUUGUUUGAAUCGCAUCCUCAAGACGCCCUUGGCCUUAUUUUGCAAACUGAUAGUGCUAGUGAUGAGGGAAUGUCUUCGUACGAAGACAAGUAUCGCAACCUGGCAUUGGGAAUCGUGUCUGGAGUUUUAAGGCAAGUAUUUUGAUCAUUUUUGGACAUUCUAUUUCAAUGUCUUGCCGUUGCCAUGGCGUUGUAAAUUUAUUUGCAGCUAGUACGACCAAGUAUGUCCUCAUAUUUGUGUUUAAAUAAUCCUUCCAUACUGAAAUUGACAAAUAUAAAUGGUAUUUAUUUAUAUUGUUGACGAAAAUUGAUGGUGUUUUAGGCAUAAGAAACUCUGAUUUCUAGGCAAAGUAAAAUGAGCCUUGAGCACAUGUUUGGUUGUUUGUUACAUACAUAAUAGACCAAGUAUUCAUACUUAUGUCUUACCAGUUUGACUCCUAUUAUAAUUUCAAGUGGCACCAUGUAAAUUAUGUCUAUAAAAAUGUUUUUAUUUGCAGUGACGACGAUAUUCAUCCUGUUCCUAGCUGCUGUUCCUGUUUCAUAGCCUCAGGGAAGUAGCAGUUCUGAUGAGUCACGAGAACCCCUCUCCCCAACCCCCAUUAGGAAAACGUGUAAGUGUAGAGGGAAGGUAGGGGGAUGAGUAGAGGUAGAGGGAAGUCCAGCCACAAGAACCCAAUGUUUUGAAAGCUCCCUGUCUAGCACGCCCACUAGGCCCCGUAGUACAUGACAGAUAUGGUGAUCCUGACACUAGGAAUAUUCUCCCAGAUUUUGCCCCUCGCCGUACCGACAUGUCCGGGAUCCAUUUCGAUCAAGCUUUCACCAGAAGUAUAAACUGUGAGCUUGAGUUCAUUCGGCUCUUUUUAAUAAGGGAAUGCUUCAGAAGGUAGUUUCCCGGUCAUACCAAUACAUAUGCCCACAUACAAACAACCCAAAAAUCAUCCCCAUAUACUAAUAAAGAAGGGUCUUGGAGUCCACCAACCUUGAGGAGAUUAAGAGGUUGAUUGCCUUUUUAGUGUAUCCAGGUUUGGUAAAGGUCGACAGUGAGAUUGAAAACUAUUGGAGUUGUAAAAACCUUAUAUUAUGGUCUGUGGGCAAUAGAAAUAGUUUCGCGGUUUAGGUACAAAACGCUUAUGGCGUUUCUGAAUAUGGUAGAUCCUGUCACUGAAGACUACAGCAAUAAACUGCAUCAACAACUGUACCAACCAUCACAGAAUAUUGCUGUUGACAAACACAUUGUCAAAUCAAGCAAUAGGAUGGGGAUUAGGCAGUUCAUGAAAGAUGGCCUAUAUGUGGGGGCUAAAUCUGUGGGUUGCUGCAGGCAGUCCUAAUGGUUAUAUUGCGACUUUGAGAUUUAUACAGGAAGAAGUCCAGAGAUUCAUAGCAGCAUGGAUUUGGGUAUGACGUGGUGAUGUGAUAUAAGUUUGGGUCCAGUCUUAGGUCUUUUGUGGUCCAAUAUAUAUUUUGUGCAAGAAAAGGAAAUAUUUUCACCACAUAAUCCAAUUAUGUGCCUUGGAAAACAUUACUGCCUUGGAAAACAUUACUUUUUUAUAACUACUAAUCAUGACGCCAGCCCAACAACACUUGGUUAUGCUAUAUGCAAAUAUUUUCAUGUUCUAGAUUGUGAAAACAAUCAAUUACUAAAGAAAUGAGUAAUGAUUAUUUAAAAUUUGAAUAGCAUGACCAAAUUUCAGGCUGGUUAUGCCACUGAUAGCUAAGUCAAUGGUAUACUGAUUAUCUAUGAAUGUAUAUAGUAACCGUAGAAAUAAAGACAUUUUGCAAAUAGUGAUUUGAGUGUUCUUAUGUGGGUAUCACAGACUUAUGUUGGUGCCAUACUAUCCUUGGAGAGUAAGAAAUAUUGGAAAUUUGUAUUGAUAAUAUGUUGCAGCAAUGAAAAAGGACCUUUGAUAAGGAUAUUUGCUUCAUGUCAGCACAAAAUGUAAAUUUUACUCAACUACAUAGUUUAUUCACAAAUUAAAUAAAAAUACUUUGAUUUAUGCUACAUACAUGAAACUUCGGGUACAUGUAGACCACAACUGGAUCAUUCAGCUACAUUCAUAAAAUGUUUGACAUAUUUGAAAUUUGAACCGGUAAAUAUAUUUAUGCAUGAUUGCAACAUUUUUUAUAUCAUAAUUUAUGCAAAUUUAUGCGAGUAAAUCGUUACCAAGCUCCGGAUGAAAUUGAAAUUGGUAUCCUUGGAAAGCGGAAGUCCUCCUCUUUCGAACGAUGCAAUUUCUGUUUCCGUACAAUGUAUAGUUAUUAUUUAAAUUAAUAGCUUCGAGUCUUGAUUGUACUUCAUAAUACUCGCCUCGAUAAAACAAUGUAAUGCCCUUUAUUAACUUCACUCACUAUAGCAAUUUACAGAAUAUAUUAACUUUAACUCAAAACGUGGUUGACCUUUUUCAUAUUCCCGGCAUCCCCUUGUCUAUGUUGCCUUUUUUCUUUGCUCACAAUAGCGACAGUCAUUGGAAGCUGCGACGAUGAAGUUGUUAUGUCAGAAAUCCAGUCAAAUCCGAAGACACCUCCAGGUAAUCUUAACAGUGACACAAUCGAACAAAUUUCGAAAGCUGUACAGGAUCAACUUUCGGCUAUAUUGCCGAGUAUGAUUCAAGAAAUCAGCAAGUUAACUCCUCGUACUGAAGGAGCACACAUGUUGACACCAACUCCCCGGUUAGCCGCCGGGUCAACGCAAUGCUUACAAAAGCGUCCGUCGACCUCCCGGUUAGCCUCCGGUCAGCACAAGGCUUAAACAAGUUUCAGACGAGAACGAGGACGUACAAGAGAUUAAUGCGGAGAAAUUUGAACCUCCUGCAAAGAAAGCCAACCUGUCUGAAUCCACGGAAUUUAGUGACCUAAACGAAGAUGGUCCUGGACGCUGGGAAGCUUCAGAAGAACUUUCUAGUCUUUUUAAUGUUUUAUUCAUUGACAAAACGCUUUCUACAUACGAACGAAAGCAGAUAACUAAAGAAUUCCCGCGUCCAAAUAUCGAGGCAGUGUACACACCAGUUCUCGAUAAUUAUUUGAGCUCACUGAUUGCUGGUGCGAAAGGUGUAGACAAAGAGCCUAAAAUGCUACAAGACCAAAUUUUAGAUGUGGUUGGGCCAUUAUCGAUGGUCUUUGAGCAUGUAUUAGGAUGGCAGUCAAGUUAA